AUGCUCGCGAUGCGGAGUAAUACAUUUCGGAAUUCCACCAGGCCCAUCCGUGCUGGAGUUCAUUCUGCAAAGAUUUUCGCUGAUUAUGGUGCAAACACCAUAGUUAAGGAGUUUGAGAUGCUUGGAACCUGCUGGCAGCGCACAUGUAAUCUUACAUUGAGUCUUCGAAACUCUGGCGGAGAGAAACAAUUUACGAUGCUUACCACAACGCAUCCGCGUCGCGGCAAAGCUAUUGUAGAUGCCGCUGCUCAAGUUUUGGCUGAUAAAGGAAAACUCGAAAGAUUUAUUUGGAGUACCCUUCCCAACUUCAACGAAUUGAGUAAAAGGGAAUACCUGCGAAAAGAGAGGAAAGAAUUAUGGGAGAAAAGUAGUCUGUUGAAUAUGGGAUUUUAUACAACGAAUAUCAAAAACUACCAGGAACUCUUUGCGCCAAAAAAGAAGGAUGAUGGCUCCGGCGAAUUGAUCUUACAUAAUCCCAGCUUAAACGCGGCUGAGCAUCCUUUUGUUGUCCCAACCGACGCAGGUAUCUUCGCCGAGUUACUCGUUCGAGUUCCACCAAAACAAGAUCUGUUGGCAGUCAGCGAAACGGCAAGCCACGAGACCUUCUUUAAAGUUUGA